CAUUUAUUGUUCUCCCCUCUGCGAAUUAAAUUAAUGCGAGAAAAUCUCAACUUGCUCAACUCUUCAACUCCUGUCUCAAGCCUUCACAGCAAUUCCUUCGAAAAAUCGUUGCUCGCCCGCCACGCUCGACGAUUUCAAGGUAUGCCAAGGACGGCAGGGAUCUUCACACCGUCAAUUGAGUCAGAAAAUGACGUCCGAUCAACGGAGCAAGUGCCAGUGGAUCUGAUAUAAACAGAACAAAUCCCAUCUUCUAGUUAUAAUGUUUAAACCCCAAUUCAAAAUCGGGCAACUUCAAAAUGUCUCAAACUAGGAACGACUCAGCGCCAACACGCAUUGACCAUCAUGAGCUUGACGAUAUCUCUCCUCAAAAUGCUUCUACCCUCGAGGAAGCCAGUUCACGAUGGGUGCAAGGAGAAUCUCAUAGGACGAGGGCCUCUGUUCUCGUUGGAUCAGCAAUUCUACAGCUGCCCAUCUGGGGUUUCGCGAUGAGCUAUGGUGUCUUUCAGGAAUACUAUUCCGAUAAUUGGACACUGAAAGGGAGCCGGUCAGCUACUGGUAUCGUUGGGACGACACAGAAUGGAGUGAUGUACCUCUCCAUGCCAUUCCUGUUCGGUCUCUUCACCAAGCGAUGGGCUCGAAGAAGACAGACUGCAGCGUUGUGCGGAGCUGUUCUCAUGGCUGUCAGCUUCAUCCUAUCCUCCUUUAGCACCGAAGUCUGGCACUUGGUCGUCACGCAAGGAGUGAUGGCAGCUCUGGGAUGUGCUCUGAUCUACAGCCCAACAACACUUUCCCUUGGCGAAUGGUUCACUACCAGAAACCGAGCAGUGGCAUACGGACUUGUUCUAUCCACCAAAAACAUCGUAGGAUCAACUUGUCCGUUCCUGUUCCGUGGCCUUCUCGACCGAUACGGUUUUCGCAACGCAUUGCGAAUCUGGACAGGCAUGGCGGCUAUAUUGGCCAUCCCCGCCAUCUUCUUGAUACCAACUCAUCCAUCAAGCCUAUCUUCGAGCGCUCGUCAUACAACGAAGAUUCCGUGGAAGUUCCUUCAGCACAAAACUUUCUAUAUCUACAGCGUCGCCAUCGUUCUUCAAAGUGCGGGGUAUGGAAUACCACAAACGUACCUCAAUACUUACGCCCAUGAAGUCGCUUUGCUAUCUCAGACAUCUGCAACCCUUCUCCUCACCCUUUUCAAUCUUCCCGGAAUCUUAUCAUCCUCGUUUUUCGGAUAUUUGAGCGAUAAGAAGCGCUUCUCUCUAUCUGCAACUACCGUGACGGCCAUCUCAGCCAUCAGCACAGCAUUAUCCACAUUCCUGUUUUGGGGUCUGACUUCAGAAGGAAGCAUGGCGCUUCUCAUCCUCUUCUCGAUCACAUUUGGCUUCUUCGCCGGAGGCUACAGCGCUACCUGGGGCGGUGUCAUCAAUGAGCUGGAACGAGAAGCUGCGGAUAGCAACGAGCCUAUCGAUCCUGGACUCAUGUACGGCCUGCUGAAUGGUGCGAGAGGAAUCGGGUAUGUCAGCGGUGGACUUGCUAGUGUGCCAUUGCUCAAAGCUGGAAGUAUCAACUCUGGGAACUUUGCGUAUGGAACCACGUAUGGACCCCUCAUUGUCUUCACUGGUUUGUCGACGGUGUUUGGCGGCUGGGGAGUGUUGUGGAAAUGGAAGCCUCAGCAAUGGAAAAGAUUGCUGCACUUGCUAUGAGAGCGGUCUGGUAUACCAGUUUUGGUUCAGUCUCGUGGUCUGACUAGCUUCUGGUCGUCGUGUAGCGGUUUUUUACUGUCGAUCACUUGAGAUAUGGCUUGAUAUCGAGGAUGGAAGGUGAUCUGUUCGGAGGAACGAUCUUAAAGGGGCUACCGGCGUCUCCAGUAGAAACUUUGAGCCCCUUUUUGCCACAAGGGAGGCCAUUGGGUUUCUGAUGCACACUUUCUCAACAGUUUUCUAUUCCUAACGACCAUUGCGAGUGUUCGUGUAUUAUGUUCGUCACGAUAUUUGGCGCUUCUAAUCAUUGAGCGCGACUGCAUUGUCUCAAAAAUACAUGGUCCUGAAUUGUGGCGCUUCAACAGCCUGCGGU